CAGCAACCGCCGACAGCAGCGCAUUCACCCAAUAAAUUUCUGGGGGUUUUUCUGUCAGCUUCAUCGCAACAGCUGUCCCUGACAGCAACGCGCCCACAGCAACCACACAAUCGCAGGAAGCGCUCGAACUAUACCAUCAUCACCUAUGGCGUUCACUCCUAGAGGUCGAGGCGGGUUUGGAGGCGACAGAGGCCGCGGCGGGUCACGUGGUGGCUUUGGCGAUCGCGGUGGCCGUGGAGGCCGUGGAGGAGGCCGUGGAGGUUUCGGUGAUCGAGGUGGACGAGGUGGCGGGCGAGGUGCUGGACGAGGUGCUCCAAGGGGCAGAGGCGCGCCGAGAGGAGGCGGGCGCGGCGGAGCGGGAGCUCGCGGCGGGGCCAAGGUCAUUGUUGAGCCUCAUCGUCAUGCUGGAGUUUUUGUGGGCAGAGGCAAAGAGGAUCUCCUGCUCACCAAGAACCUCACACCUGGCGAGAGCGUCUACGGCGAGAAGCGCAUCAGCAUUGCGAACAGCGCGAACCCGGCCAACGGCGACGAUGCCCCCGCUACUACAACCGAAUACCGCGUGUGGAACCCUUUCCGAUCCAAGCUUGCCGCUGGUAUCUUGGGUGGUGUCGACGACAUCUACAUGAAGCCCGGAAGCAAGGUUCUUUACCUCGGCGCUGCGUCCGGAACCAGCGUCUCGCACGUUGCCGACAUUGUUGGCCCAGAGGGCACAGUCUACGCCGUCGAGUUCUCCCACCGAUCUGGUCGUGACCUGAUCAACAUGGCUACUCACCGCACGAACGUCAUACCCAUCGUCGAGGACGCCCGUCACCCGCUGAAGUACCGUAUGCUUCUGCCUAUGGUGGACUGCAUCUUCGCAGACGUUGCUCAGCCAGAUCAAGCUCGUAUUGUCGGUCUCAAUGCCAGCCUCUUCCUAAAGGUCGGCGGCGGCGUUCUCAUCUCUAUCAAGGCUAACUGUAUCGAUUCGACCGCUGCCCCUGAGGCCGUGUUCGCCUCUGAGGUCAAUAAGAUGAGGGAGAUGGGCAUUAAGCCAAAGGAGCAAUUGACGCUCGAGCCCUUCGAGCGUGAUCACGCUCUUGUCGCCGGUAUCUACCAGCGUGCGGCAUAGAAGCGAGACUGAAGCAGAGGUUAGAGUGCGGAUUUUCAUGCUUUACGAGACAGAUGGGUUGUGUGAUACCGAUAGCUCGGAAAGGCUGGCGUUUCACGGCGCUUAGGGUGGGCAAUUAUGUACUACCGGUUCUCUGUUUUGAGUUUCUCGCAUACCAAAAGAUUUGAACUUCAUUUUCUUCCAGCUCUGUGAGCUAACCUUUGCGCAUGUCCUCAGCCACUAGGGCAGCGAGCUCGCAACGUGGGCAAGACAAGGACUUUGCGCUGUUCAUCUCAAUCAUCCAGUCCACCCAACU